UGGCUGUUCGUCCAAGCAGGGAAAAGACAAGCCAGUUCCUGGAUUCCGAUGUCGGCCUAGAGAGCGGCUAAGUAGGUUGUUGGUGGCUAACUGAAGUAGGGCUAAACCGACCCACACGACACAGAAAAGACACUUCAAACCGUCGACAUUUGGGUAUAUUCUGCUGUUCAUCUACAGAGCCAGAGCAGGAAGGAGAACCUUGAACCAAAGAAACAAAGAGGGCUGAUAUGUAUCCAUCUACAUGAUAUCCAAGCAGCUGGUCACUUUCCAUAAGGGAUGCAGAAUGAGAGAGGACGGCUUUCUGCGAAGAAAGAGGUGGGAAGGGUCCCUGCAGCACCAAUCCCAGGCCAAGAGCAGUGGCACCUUGCUGAGCUAUGUUGGGCUUCUUUAUGGAAGGAGUUGAUUCUGUCACAGUACAAGUAGAGUCUGAAGCUUCAGACUGAAGAGUCCUGUCUGAAGACUUGAACAGAAUCCUCGUGGAUGUUAAUUUUUUUUUUUAACCUUUUAAAGCAAACAACUUUAUGUUUAACUCUUUAAAACUCUUUAGGCCUUUUUUGGAACUCUUAAAAGUAUUUUUUUUAAUCACUCCCAUUUGUACACUUUUUUUAUGUUGUGAAGCUUCCCACAACUAACUUAAAGGUGGAUUUGUUUGAGUUGGUUCUCCUUCCUGACCGAGUUUGAAAUGCCAGAACUGCAUCUCCUGUCACCAUCCUGAGUUUCUUCCACCCAUCCAGUGCCUAAAUAAGCCCCCUGGGGACGAAGUCAUCAGCAGCUGCUGUGCUCAAUCCUGUCUGCCUCUUCUGCUCCAUGUGCUUCUGUUCUGUCUGAUGGACUACCUCUUUAGUUUUCCUUUUAUUCUGUUAUCUUAACAGGAUAAUCAGAAAUCAAGCACAGUGAUGAACAUUUGAUGAAAUACUACCCCAGUUUUUAGGUUUUGUGCAUGUUGUUUUUUUGUUUUUCAUUUUUGUAUAUGCACAGCAGUAUUUAUACUGUUGCAUUACUGCACCAAAUACAGUAACAUUAAGCCAUAACAUAUUUAUAAAUUGCAUACAUAUAUUUUUGUACCGUUUAGUCUUGUAUAAAGAUAAAAAAGUAUGCAUAGAAUCUAAUGAUGUAAAGAAGCUGUGCACAUUCUAGUUCUGUGUGUUUAAAAAGGUUUUAAAUUGGUGCCAGGGGACAUUUAAAUCUGCGCACAAAGAACCCCUCAUGUUUUCAUUCAGGUUCUUGUUAUCAUAGCGUCAGUUUUCCAGUCUUUACCCAUGAACCCUCUUAAACACCAAAAUUCCCAUUUUGAACUGUAAAACCCACUUCCACAGUAGGUAGACUGUUGAAUAUCUACCUUCCUCUCUUCUUCCUCUCUGACACUGAUGCCCAGUUUCAGUGGUGGGGUGGUUGGGGGAGGAGUAGGGGGCCCAGCUUCUGCUCCUCCCCGUCCGUUUCGCCCCAGCCGAUAUGUGCCGGUGUCUGCAGCCACAACUUUCCUGGUUGGGGCCACAACCCUCUUCUUUUGCUUCACUUGUCCAUGGUUGUCAGAGGACAUCUCAAGUGUGGUCCCCAUCUACAUGGCUGUAAUCUUUCUAUUCACUCUUGCCAACUUUUGCAUGGCUACAUUCAUGGAUCCUGGAGUCUUCCCCAGAGCUGAGGAGGAUGAGGAUAAGGAGGAUGAUUUCCGUGCUCCUCUCUACAAGACUGUUGAGAUCAGAGCCAUCCAGGUGCGGAUGAAGUGGUGCUCAACCUGCCGGUUCUACCGACCGCCGCGCUGCUCUCACUGCUCAGUCUGCGACAACUGUGUGGAGGAUUUCGACCACCACUGUCCCUGGGUGAACAACUGUAUUGGCCGAAGGAAUUAUCGUUAUUUCUUCCUCUUUUUGCUGUCUUUAACCACCCACAUUGUGAACGUUUUCGGCUUCGGCUUGGUUUACGUCCUGCAUCACCGCCACCAGCUGGACACGCCGCAUGCUGCUGUUACUAUGGGUGUGAUGUGUGUAGCUGGUCUGUUUUUUGUCCCAGUUGCUGGCCUGACUGGGUUCCACAUAGUACUGGUGGCCCGUGGUCGGACCACUAAUGAACAGGUGACAGGGAAGUUCAGAGGAGGUGUCAACCCUUUCACCAAGGGCUGCCUGAGGAAUAUUUCCCAUGUUCUCUGCAGCCCCCUGGCCCCGAGGUACAUGGGCCGCUGGUGGAACCGUCAGACAGUGGAAGUGCAGCCCCCGUUUUUGAGGCCGUCUCUAACUGAGGCACAGCUUGAAGCUAAGGUUCUGGACAAUGGCAUCCAGAAUGACCGACACAGCACCAGGUCUAAGAGCAGUCUGAAUCAGAUGGAGAGCCAGUCUGAGGAUACAGAGGCUCCUCCCCCUCCGAAGCCGGACCUUCGUUAUCCCGGUCUACCCCGGGCCGACACAGAAGCCAGCAGCUUGUUGUCGGAGGCUCCGCCCACACCUUCAAUGUAUAAGUACAGACCAGCCUACAGCAGCCCAGGGAAAAACCACGCUGCUGUCACACAUCCAAAUAAGAUGACCAGUGGGGAGAGUCUCGACUCUCAGCCACCCUCCAUCCUUCAUUCCAGCCGCCAGCCUAGCUACCGCUCGGAGCCGAGCAGCCUGGAUGGGGCCACAGUGGUGGGAAGAGGUGUAGGGGUGCGCAGAGGGGGAGGGGACAGGGGUGAGGGUCCUGGAGGCCCCGGCGGGGUCGCUGGUGUGGUGUCAGGUGGCAUGUCGGGUUACUCCCUGACUGGGCGCUCCUACACCUCCUACCCAUCCUCGCUGGUUCUGUCCACGGGCGGCUCCCACUCAUCCAGCCUGCGCUCAGCACAGACUGUACAUAACCCGCUGGCCACGCUCCAAUCAGAGGGCACCACAGACACCAGCUACAAAAGCCUAGCCAAUCAGACGCCUCGGAAUGGCAGCCUGUCCUACGACAGCCUUCUGACGCCAUCCGAGAGCCCGGAGUUCGAAUCUGCUGCCCAUGAGCUAUCACCACAGAAGCCUCACGUUCCGUUCCCCCCAUUGGCUGGAGUGGGCCGACCCGGGAUGGUGUCGCACAGUAGCCCGCUGCAGGGCUACACGUCGCCCUUCCUCUCAGCUCAGAUCACUCAGCAGAGGGAGGGGCAGCUACUCCAGGGCUCCACCACUUUCUCCUCCCCCCAUAGGGCCUACCUGCGUGCAGUCAGCCCACCCCCUUCCUCCUCCCCCGGGCCUCCCGAGGCCCAGCACCUGCUCCAUCAUAACCAGGACCAGAUUCCCCGAAUCCCUCGAAACCCUUCCUCCUCAUCCUCUUCCCCGGGGGCUCGCUCUCUAGACCCCCCAGUCUCCCCGCCACCUCGCGGCCUCUCCCUCAGCAGGUGUCCGAUUCACAUAGGGGACACGGGGCCUCAGCACAAGCCUCGGCCAGCAGGGGCGGGCACUGUGCUGGGAGGGGGAGGAGCUGGAGGAGGGCUACAGGCUCCACAAUCAAUCUCUCGCCCAGUCUUGGCCAAUCACGGCGCAUCCAAACCAGUGGGCGGGGUGAAGAAGGUAACCGGCGUUGGAGGGACCACAUACGAGAUCUCGGUUUGAGUGACGAAAGUCCAGAGUGAUCCAAGACAAGGAUGGGUUUGGAGGAACUAAACGUAUAAAAAUGUCACAUCUUGCACUCGCACUUGCGCAUCUUUAUCUUAGCUGGAGAUUAUUCAUGACCGAAAGCCUCCGAGAAGCGGUUCUUCUGCUGUGGACUCCUGAAGAUGGCUUGUCCGGUACUCGUUUCAUCUUGAUGGCGCUGGCCAGUCUUCUCCACCAGCCUUUCAGGUUUCAUCAAAGAGAAACCGGGGAAGCUGAUUCAUCUCACUGGAUCAGUUGCCUCUAUUUUUGCCACUUUGUGAGCCAUAGACUGAUGUGACUGUCAUAACGGCUGGGUACAAACAUGUCUAUGAAACACAUAAACCUAUUUCCAUGAUCUGUUAUGAUGUGUUGGUUCAUUAAGACAAAGUAUUGACAAGUGUGUCAAACACUUAAGGAAAAGGCGAUGUUCAAUUUUGACCAAUAGUAACAUCUGCAUGGACCACACAGAUGGAUGAGUCCAACCUAUUAACAGUAUCAUUUAAGUUUUGUAUUUUUUUAAAUAUCAUUUUAUAUAAAUGUAAAAAAAAAUCAGAUUAUUAUAUAGUAAAAAUGUCAGAUAUUGAAGAUGAUGGUGGCAGAUGUAUGUAAUUAAUCAUGAAAGCUAUUUUAGAUCAUUUGCCUGUUUAAUUUUUUUUUCUAUAUUUGAUGGCUGCAUCAGCCACUUGCAACCUCUUGCUAGAGCUUUGUUUCUUUGUUUUGUCAUCCAAAGACAGAUAUGAUCCUUGCAGGGCACCAGGUGUGGCAAAUAAUCAAAAUAUUUUUUAGAAAGAAAAAGAGAAAUUUGAAUCCCUAUGGUUGCAGCACAAGCAUCUUUGUGGAAUGUACUCUUGUAAUGUUUAUGCUAGAAGCAUUAUGCAAAACCUGUCUGUAGCUUUAAGAUCAUUGUAUGUCUUUUUGGUGUUUUUGUUCAUUUUAUUUUCGCUACUUUUCAGUAAAUUGUAAAUUAGUUUUAAAUGCUACCGACCGCAUACUUUUUAACUUAUGUUUAGCCAAAUAGGGGCAGAAAAGGGAAGGGCUUAUUUAUUGCACCAGGAAAACAGUUAUCUGCACUAAUUACGCUCAGCAGAAAAAGAAAAAAAUAUCUUAUAUCAAA